CACCUGUAGGGACCAAAAUGGCCUCAAGUGAGGGAAACACAUACAAAAUGGCAUCCUUGGACAGCGACAUCAAUCAGCACUUUCAGGAUGCAAUCGAUGUGAUUCAGCAACAUUCAAAUAAUUCAUACUAUGAGUCAGAUUAUUCAUGUUAUGAAACUCUGGGGAAUCACCAGCAAUCUCUGCAGUGUCAGAUCUCCUGUUGCCUCGUCACACACCAGUCUGAAGUCCCAACCCCUGGUUAUGACUGGAAUGAUGCUCAACAGUCUUGGCCUCCAGUCAUCCCUGAUGUCCCCUUAAGUCAUUCAGUGCAAAAUGAAUCCCCACAUUUUUACUCCAUCUUACCACCACAGAGAAACAGCAAAGGUGGUCGGAAGAAGCUCAGACUUUAUGAAUACCUACAUGAAGCUCUGAAUGACCCCAACAUGGGCGACUCAAUCCAGUGGACGGACAGCGGCAGCGGCACCUUCCACUUUAUCUCCAAAAACAAGGAGAAGCUGGCUGAGUGCUGGGGCCAGCGCAAGGGCAACCGCAAGACCAUGACAUACCAGAAGAUGGCCAGAGCUCUGAGGAACUACAGCCGCACCGGUGAGAUCAUCAAAGUCCGCCGCAAACUCACCUACCAGUUUAACCCAGACAUCCUGCACAGGCUGGGCUCUGCACACAUGUCCAUGCACCUGCCCCGCCACCCUUCACAGGAGGAGACCCACACCCAGCAACACAACCCAUCUGAACAGAGCUACCACAGCUCUGCAGCGGUAGACUGGCACAGCUGGUACACGCACUACCAGCCGCACGAAGACUACGACCUUGCCACAAGCUUCACCUCACACACCAAACUCUGAGCUGGGGGAGAGUUCUCAAGAUUUCAAGGAUUUGAAAGACUCAAGCAUUUUUAUUUCAUACCAAAACCUGUAAUAAUUAAUAUUGUAAUAUUAAUUACAAAAAGUAACACUCCAGUUAUUUUAUUUUUUUUUUUAUCUUAUUUUUCAAAUAUGAGUGAAGAGAAUGUCGCAAAAAAAUUUUUACAACUUACAACGUUCAAAUUCUCGGACAGUUGAAACAAGUACUGCGUGGAUGAUUUGACAUGCUGUUUGUUAACCAGGUUGACCUUUCGGGGCAGCGCGUCUGCAUUUCACAAACAAAAGUCAAGAGAAAAAUUUACCUCAGAGAAACAGGUUUAAGAGGUUUUCCCUAGGCUUUUUGUUUCUGGGUCCAUAUUUAUUCAGAGCAUGUCAUAAUUUAACACUUUGUGACUGAAACAGUAACAGACUUUUUAUUCUGUAUACUGUCAUUCAGAAGUGAUUGUGUACUUUAUUUCAGUUGUUUUUACUUGUUUAUGAAGGGUUUUUUACUGUGUAUUACUUGUAAAUACUUCUAGACUUAGAUAGACUGAGAUAUUCUCACUUUGUUAUAUAUAACAAAAUCAUCUUUAUUUGUAUUGUAUUUGUACACCAACAGAUUAAAUGCAUUUAGUUCAGUAAUACAGGCAGGCAUUAAAAAAAAGAGUGAAAGUAAAAUAAUGAAUGAUUCAAAAUUUUGGAUGCAUCACAAAAAUGUUUUAAAAGGUUUUCAUUUGACAAAUAUGGAACUCUGCAGUAGCUGACAAUGAAUUGAAUUUUAGCACUUGGUAAAUUAAAAAUCAUGAUUAUAAAUCUUUUAAUUUCAGCCUGUGCCUGUUUUACUUGAUUUUCUUGUCACAUGUGGAUCUUGUAUCCUUAAAGAGCUGCAUUUGGUAUGUAUUUAAUUUUAAUACGCUCCAUUUUUAUCCUGUCUUUUAUUGUUUGCAUUGUU